AUGGAAAAUCAAAUUCACUCUGAACUAAUUGUAAAAGAAGAGGAAGAAGAAGAUGAUGAAGAAGAGAAAGAACAAAAAUGUAAUACUCCUACUAAUGAAACUAAAAGUAUUGUGCGCGAUGGAGAAUCAACAAUUGGCAUCAGACCAAGACCAUUAAUUUGUAAGCCAGAAAAUGUAAAUAUUGGGUGUAAGUCUGAACCUAUAGAAACUAAAUGGCAUUGGGCUCCAGGAGCAUGGCAAGAUGCUACAAGAACCAGUGCCUUCCAACCAUAUAAGCCUCCUACGUUACUUACUAAUUUACAAAGAGGUAAUACACAAACAGAAAUAUCUCAACUUUAUGGUGGUAGCGAUAUUACAUUCCAUACAUUAGCUGGCCAAGGUGAACUUACACCUGAACACAUACAUCCAAGUACUGUUGAUACACCUGAUGAAAAGGGUUUAACUGGUCUUAUGUGGGCUGCGAGAUAUGGACAAUUAGGCAGUGCAAGACAAUUACUUAAAGCUGGUGCGAACAAAAACUACCGUGGUCUCAAUGGGGAGACUCCUUUGCAUUUAGCAGCUGCUUAUGGACAUCAUGAUCUUGUAAAAUUGUUGUUAAACCAUGGUGCAGAUUCCAAUGCAAGCGAUGAGGAAGGAAAUACACCUUUGAUAUAUGGAGCAAAUGGAGAUCAUCCACAUGUAUGCUACGAAUUAUUAUCUAGAGGCGCGGAUAUAACGCGUCGUAAUAUGUAUAAUAUAAGUGCUUAUCAUGCGGCGGUAUUAAAUAAUUCACUAACUGCUAAAGCAGUAAUUGAAAAUUAUUUGAUACAACAAGUGGUAAACAUAUCACCAAAUAUAUUGCAAUAAAGUAAUCCGAUAUAAAUAACGUAAAUAUAAUCGUAAAAUUUAUAUAGGUUUUAAAAGAUUGUACAAAUUACAUAGUGAUAUUUACAUCCGAAUAUUUUAAUAAAUAUUUUUUAUUUUUAA